AUGACGCAGCCAUUCCCUGCCCAUCAAGGCAUCCCUCAGCAUCCGGGCCUGCCUCCAGGCCACCCAAUGGCUCAGGCCCAGCAUCCCAACGCCGCACACAUGGGAGUUCAAGGACCCGGGGCAGGUAUGGUGCAGCAGAUCCAUCCUGGAGUCUCUGCGGCCGCGGGGCCUCAGGUCAGUCAGCCAGGCCCCAUGAUGGCGGGAAUGCCUCCGGGCGCUGGCACGACAGGCCCCGGCGGACCGGUGCCGAACGCGCAUGCUCUAUCGCAUUUGAAUCCGGCUCAAGCGCAGCAUCUCUUCCAGCAGCAGCAGCAAUUUGCGCAGAAUUUUGCCAAUAAUCCUCAGAUGUUGCACCAACAGCAAAUUCUAAGACAGCGCCAAAUGAUGCUUCAGCAACAGCAGCAGCAGGCGCAACAACAUGGAGGGAUCCCAGUUUCGCUACCUGCUGGUACUCAGGGCCUCAGUGCCGCACAAUUGGCUGCCAUGCAACAAGCAAAUCCCAAUAUGCGACCGGUCAACAUGAUGCAUCAUCUUCAGCAGCAGAUGCCCCAUGGACAGCCUCAAAACUUGCAGCAGCAACAGUUGUUCGCCAUGCAGCAAGCGCAUCAGGCCAACAACGCUGCCCAGCAAGGUCAGCAGACGCCGCAGCAGAGGACCACUGGUCCGCCCCAGAGUGUGACUCCGCAGCCCCAGCAAGGUCCUUCAGCGCCUCAGGGCAGUGCGACACCAUCUCAGCAGCAGCAA